AUGCCUCACAGUGAAAGCAGUGGCAACUCAAAAACCAAUUAUCGGUUCAAGCACCUCGCUUGCAAUUCUUGCCGGAAGCGCAAGCUGCGAUGCAACGGCAACCGUCCGCUCUGCAAGACAUGCGAGACCACUGGCAGGCAAUGUGACUGGGAGGAUACUCUUCGGAAAACUGGACCUCGACGAGGUUACGUGAAAUCACUGGAAGCUCGACUCGCUGAGGUCGAGUCUCUGCUUGAAAACCAGAAGUUUACUGGCAGCGAUCAGGGUGAAUCCAGACCUGUUACGGACGAUGAUGAACUCGUCGCAAUUGAGCAUGAUCUCAAUGGAACAUUGUGGGACAGCUGCAUGCCAGAUUACCAGCCUUUCGGAGAAGCGGCGAAAUCUUUGACAGAUGAUGUUAUGCAGCAUUCGACGAGCCCAGAGCAGGAUGCUGAUAUACCGUCUGGCAAGAAUGCCGCUUCCUGGGAACUCUGCGCUGUUGGUCUUCAAGAGCCUUUGCCCAGUCAAGAAGCUAUCGGCGAGCUACACCAAGUGUUCUUCGAGAAGAUCUAUCCCGGAGCGCCCAUCAUCAACAAAGGAAGGUAUCUCGCAGCGAUGAGUUUGCCAGCCACAUCGCGACUCCGACCACCCGUCUGUCUUAGUUACGCGAUUUGGUGCCUCGCUGCAUCUGUUAGCCCGAAUUACAACGCCGUCACAGAGCACUUCUACCAUCGCGCCCGGAAGUACAUUGAUGUUGAUGAAAUAGCUGGUAGAGGCCAUGGCGUUGUUACUCUUGCGCAUAUGCAAGCGAUAGCCUACCUGGCUGCUUACGAGACCCGGAUGCUGUAUUUCCCCCGUGCAUGGUUGAGUGUUGGCAGAGCAGUUCGACUGUGUCAUAUGAUGAAUCUCCACAGGCUGGACGGCGCUGGCUUUGACGUCAAGGAAAUGUUGCCCUCGGCAAUGGACUGGGCUGAGUUGGAGGAGAGGAGACGAGUAUUUUGGGCAGUCUUUGUGCAUGAUCGGUAUCAGAGUCUAGCAUCAGGCUGGCCGUCUGUAAUAGAUGAGCGAGAUAUUGCGACUAACUUGCCCGCGAGUGAACAAGAAUUCGUAACGGGGAAGGCCACUCGACCGUCACUUUCCCUACAAGUUGCCAUGACUCCAGAUGGCAUCAAAAACCUCAAUCUUUUUGCGGCGACAGCCAUGAUAGCAGCUGUCGUUGGUCGAACUUUGACGCAUCUACACCGGAAAGAGAUUGACGAUGGCAGCCUGGAAGAGCCAGACAGUGCGUUUCGGAAACGACACGACUACCUCGACACAGUAUUGCUUAAAACCCUUGAAUAUCUCCCACCUCAGCUCCAGAUUGGCUCGAGCCUUCUCAACCCCUCAGCGGUCCAGUUACACAUCAACAUUCAAGCAAGCACCAUUUGUCUACAUCAGGCUGCAAUCUCUAAAGCCAAGAGCUCACCAGGCAACGGAUUUGAUUUGGUGGAGAGCAGCAUGAGGUGUCUAGGAGCCGCGGAAACGAUGAUGACUAUACUGCGCGUUGUCGAUGCUACUUUCAUGACCAAGGCUGGGCCCUGGUUGCCGUUCUGUCUGUACCUCGCGGCCCGGGUAUUUGUCCAAGAAUUGUCCGAGCCACAUCCCGUCGAUACCAACAAACACUCAGAGUCGCUGGAUUUACUCAUGGGCAUGCUCCGAUCCAUGAAGGCAAGAAUCCCAUACACGGUGACACUGCUCUUGCAGUUGGAGAGGGACAUUUCUUUUUUUGGGACGUCAAAUCCAAUAGGACAUAUCGUCGUCCCCGUCGACGAUAUCACGGAGACACUCGAGCAGGAGAAAAUGGCCCAGGUGUAA